CUCGGCCAGUGCCCCUCUUCUCUGGCUUUGCAUUAUUGACCUUUCUUGAAAUAAAUACCUUUGCUCCCCUCCUUCACUCCCUCCUCCUACUACUACUACAGCUCCUACCGCAACUUCACUACUACUACUACUACUACUACUACUAAAAAUGGCUACUCAGAAAGCUGUUGUCGUGACUUCUCCCAAGAAGGCCGAGGUGGUCACCGACCGCCCCCUUCCCGCCCUCCGUGACGACUACAUCCUGGUUAAGACGGUCGCCGUGGCCCUGAACCCGACCGACUGGAAGCACGUUGAGUACCUGGCGCCGCCGGGCGUGCUGGUGGGCUGCGACUACGCCGGCGUGGUCGAGGCCGUGGGCAAGGAUGUGACGAAGCCAUUCAAGAAGGGCGACCGGGUGAGCGGCUUCGUGCACGGCGGCAACGCCGUGCAAACCGAGGACGGCGCGUUUGCGGAAUACAUCGUCGCCAAGGGAGACCUGCAGAUGCACAUCCCGGACAACCUGAGCUUCCAGGAGGCCGCGACGCUGGGCGUCGGGAUCACCACCGUGGGGCAGGCCCUGUACCAGAGCCUGCAGAUGGCGCUGCCCACCGAGCCCAUCACCACCGCCGAGCCCCUGCUCAUCUACGGCGGCUCCACGGCCACCGGCUCCCUGGCCAUCCAGUUCGCCAAGCUGUCCGGCUACAAGGUGCUGACCACCUGCUCCCCUCACAACUUUGACCUGAUGAAGUCGCUGGGCGCCGACGCCGUCUUCGACUACCGCGACCCCAACGCCGCCGCCGCCAUCCGCGAGUACACCAACAACCAGCUCAAGCUGGUCUUCGACACCAUCUCGCUCGACGCCAGCGCCAAGUUCUGCGAGCAGGCCAUCUCCACCGCCGGCGGCGACUACACCAACCUGCUUAUGGCCAAGGUCGACCGUGCCAACGUCAACUCCCGGGGCACCCUCGGCUACACCGUCAUCGGGGAGGCCUUCACGUUCGGCGACAAGCCCAUCCCCGCCAUCCCCGCCAACAGGGCCUUUGGCGAGAAGUGGUGGGCCAUCGCCGAGCAGUUCCUCAAGGACGGCAAGAUCAAGCCCCACCCGCCGCAGGUCAACCCGGGCGGCCUGCAGGGUGUGCUCGAGGGUCUGGAGCUCCUCAAGACGGACAAAGUCAGCGGCCAGAAGCUGGUCUACAACGUGGCCGACACUGCCUAGACGGAUUCGUUCCGGAGACUCAUGAUGACGUCAUGACUUUUGUUUAUAGCCUCGAUGGGUGUGAAUUUGAUUUAAAUUUAUUCUCUACCACUAUCUUAUUAAAUCCCUGUAGAAUCCAUCAUUCACAGACCAUGAUACCUAGCUCAGAC